AUGCAGGGGAGCGGGUCCGCCGCCUCCCCGUCCUGCCGCGCCGCCGACUAUUCCGCCGGGUGGGACUCCGCGCAGCAGCAGAAGCGCCAGCGCUGCCAGGGUUCUUCUUCUAAUGAUCAAGUUGGAUCUAGCACAGAGAAUAAGUCUCUUGAAGCACCUGGAUCUGAGCUAAAAUUUGACUAUGGAAAAAAUGAGGAAGAAGAUUACUAUUUUGAAGAUGAAGAUGAUGGGUGCUAUGAUGAGGAUGAUGAGGGAUCUGACUAUGAGCUUGAGACUGCUGACUAUAAUCAACUGCUAGCUGAUAAAUUUGAUCAUUUAGACCUGCCUCCAGGUGUGGAGGCUACAGUACCAUGGUUGCAGAAAGUUGAAAGGGAUGAGCCUGGAAAAUUCAAGUCAAUGUCAGAAAUAGAGGAAGAAAUCGCAAAGAAGUAUAAUUUUUUCAAACAGUUUGAUACCGUUGAGGAUUUCAUAGAUCAUAAAUAUGCUAAAAAUUAUGUCGGAAAUGCAAGGAAAGAAUGGGCAAAAAGAAUCCAGCAUGAAUGGAGUCUCCUGGAGAAAGAUUUACCAGCAUUAAUAUAUGUUCGUGCCUCGGAAAAUCGAAUGGACCUUCUCAGGGCUGUAAUGAUUGGGCCUCAAGGAACUCCCUACCAUGAUGGCCUUUUCUUCUUUGAUGCCCACUUUCCCCCUUCUUAUCCUGCUAUUCCCCCAGUGGUACAUUAUCAUGCAGGUGGGCUAAGGCUUAAUCCAAAUCUAUAUGCUUGUGGAAAAGUCUGUCUUAGCCUCCUAGGCACCUGGCAGGGUCAAUCUUGUGAGAAAUGGAACCCAGCACAAUCAACAAUGCUUCAGGUGCUAAUCUCCAUUCAAGCUCUUGUAUUGAAUGAGAAGCCAUUCUAUAAUGAGCCUGGAUAUGAACGCAAUGCCAAUAGUGCUGAGGGACUGGCAAAUGCCUUGGACUACAAUGAUACAGCAUUUCAGUACUCAUGCAGGACGAUGUUAUACUCACUUCGUAAACCUCCACAGCACUUUGAAGACCUUGUCGCGGGCCACUUCCGUGAACGCGGGCAUGCCAUUUUGGCUGCAUGCAAAUACUACAUGGAGGGCCAUGAAGUUGGAUCCAAAGUCCCGGAGGAGGACGAGGACACCAAAGGGUGUCAAAACGGGGAAGGAUCCAGCAGUAGCACCACGGCAAAGCCGCAGCAAAAUAAGCCUGCAUUGCGCACCAAUCGCAAUGCAUCCUUCAAAACCAACCUGGAGGUUCUGUUUGAGGAGCUCUUGAUGGAGUUCAAUGUGAAGGGUGCCAACACUGCAAGAUUCCGUGCGGAGAAAUUGAAGAACAAGCUGGCGGCUGCUUGA